AUGGAUGACGACGAUGCAAUCAUGCACAAGUCCGCGGCGGCGCUGUCGUCCCCGGACGUCUUUACGGCCUUUCAAGCGAUGAAGACAUUGCUAGGUACAGUGAGGUUCACCGUUCAGUCGGACUGCGCUAUUUGGAUACGGAGUAUUGCGAUGCAGGUUCCACACCACGACUCUCUCGGGUUCAACUUCCAGCUGGUGCGGCGAUGGAUUGAGGACACGCAUACAGCUCCAGAUUAUGCAUCAUCUUCCUCGUCUGACGACGAUGACGAAGAGACGUCGAAUGUGUCGACAUGGACAUUCGAUACGCUCCUCGAGUUGCAACUCCCAUUCUUGCACCUAUGCAAGUCGGUCUGCCGCGAUGCAGCGUCGUACCAAGACUGCUGUGUGUACGAACUGGUGCGACUUGCACAUGCCUUCCUUCAUCAUGCGCAGUCUUACUCCGACCACAAACACGUUGUGACCUUGUCAUGGGCUCUUCCGUGGGUACCCAUAAUGAACUCGUCCUCCCCUUCGACGGCGACCCACGUGGAAAUCCUAUCGCUGCUCGUCACAAUCACAGACGAGCCUUCCGCGCAUAACAACCGAGCCUACGCCGCCAUGAUCCUGUCUGUUCUUGUGGCAUCGUAUCCUGCGUUGCUGUCCACGGCGCCGCCACCCAUUGUCGGCCACUGCGUCGGCGCGUCCAGUUUCACGGGGCAGGACCUUUCCCUUCCCUUUGCCCAUCAAUGGCUCCGGCUCCUCUUCCACGCCAUGCUUCAUCUCCCGUCGCUCCAUCGACAUGCGUGGCCACUUCCAUCAUGUGACCCCUCGACGUUUCGCCGCCAUGCCAUGGCCAUCCUCGCCGAAGAGGAUGACGUCCUCGUAGACGUGCUGUACCAUGCGCUCCGCCUGCCAAUCCCGUCUCCCUCCAUCGCUCGAGACUCCACGACAACUCAUACCCGAAACACAUCGUCGUUGCUGGCGUCAUUGUGGACGGAGCACAGUCCCGCGCAGUGGUUUGCCGACUUUUGCGGCCUUCUCGACCACGACCAUCUCGUUCUCAUCGAUCUCGUCACGUCCAACGAAACAAAUGCGCUGGCGUACAUCGUCGACAUGUUUCGAUACGUGUGCACCCACUGGGACCUGACUCGAGCCACGUGGUUGGACAUGGGCCGAUUGGACGACAUCGUGUCCAUGUUGACACAUUGCCGCGUUGAAUUGACUCGGCUGGAGCGGCAUGCCGUCGUCGGCUUCAACGUCGGCCCGCUCGUCCGGCGCCUCGUUGUGAUGGAGCAGUUGUUUGAUGGAGACGACGACCAAAGUGGGGGUGACGUGCACGAAUAAGAUAUAUUGGAUAAUAGUGUAAGAAGACAUAUUGGA